AUGGAGUAUGCUACAUACUCCAAAGUGAACCAGGAGUCAAGCGACGCCUCGAAAUCAGAUUUCUCUGAAGAUGAGGGCGGUAGUCUGCUCAUGUCCCAGCAGCCCAAAAGUUUCGUGGCUAGACUCUCUUACGCCGUAAAACGCAGCUGGUGGGUUGCUGGUCCUUUACUCUGGCUUCUCUCGCUCCUCGCCACCUGGAUCAUCGCAUCAGUGGCCUCGAAAUCUCCCUACGAUAUUUCUGUCGGGCUGGAUACCGAGCUAGAACUGUUCAAGCCGCACAUUGAAAUGUACAAGACAACCUUCUCCAGUGAUCUGGACUGGGAUGCAAAUGGGACACUAUGGCGAAUUUCGAGACCCGGGUCUUUGCAGUAUGUGGGCGACCCCAGUCCCGAGAUUGAUGCGAAUUGGGAGGACCUCACCCAGGGCGUCGCCAUAGACAUCAAAGGCCCCGAAGCAAAGGGAAUCGAAGGAACGACGUAUCAAAAGCCCGAUGGGUCGUGGUUUCUAGCUAUCGAAGCGUUCCACCAGCUACAUUGUUUAAACAUGAUUCGUAAGGCGCUGGACGUAGAACACUACGGUAUCAAUGAGAAAGACCAGUCAGACACGCACCCCUGGCGCAUGCACAUCGAACACUGCAUAGACGCUUUACGUGAGGCAAUCAUGUGCAGAGCGGAAGUUGCCCCUAUUCCCAUGGAGUUCAACGCAAAAUAUCGGAUGGCGAGGCCUGCCUUCGUCGCCGUGGAGCAUACUUGUCGAAAUUUUACGCAGAUCCGGGACUUCAUGUCGCAGUACAAGGCAACCCAACCGCUCUUCUAG